AUGUUCACCAAUAAGUGUGUUUUUUACUUUUUUGUAUUUUUUUCAACAAGUUGUGGCCAAUUUUUGACCCCUGACUUAAUGUUAACAUUACUUAAAGGAAAAAUCUAUGGAAUUAUUGACAAAACUAUCGAUAAUAAUAAUCAAUGUGGACAAGAUUUGAAACUUUUCAUUUCGGCGCUAGAAAACAAGGAAUUAUGGGCAUUGAAAAUGCUUGAUGCGAGUGCCAAACCUGGACCGGGGAUUUUAAAAGGGAAUGUGUUCCUAAUUGGGGAUUAUGAGCAGUGUCUUGGGAUUAGGCAAGUUGUAAAAGGACACGAAAUUGUCGGAAUGUACUGUAAUGUAGUGCUCAAACCUAACAGAAAUUUUCGGUGGGAUUUCAGCGAAAAGGGAGCAAAACUUGAACAUAUGAAUUCAAGCAUUUCGCAAUUUUUACGAGGAGUUUUCGAUAUUUGCGUCCCCAAAUCGUGCACAAGUCAAAAUUUGAUUCAAUUUUGGGAGGAAUUAACGGGAAAAUUCGCAUCACCAUUAGAUGUUUCAAUACGUGACGACCAUUGUCACUAUCAAAAUAAAAAAAUCACACCUGAAACUAUCGAUAUUUUCGUAUUUUUUUUCUUUGGGAUUAUCACACUAGUGGUACUUUUUAGUACCAUCUACGAAAUUUAUUUAUUCCAUAUCAUGAAAACAAAAGUAAACCAAUCACGAAAAUUUUUACUAAUCUUCUCACUCUAUACCAACACGAAAAAACUCAUUUCGACCCAUUGUGAAAACGAACAAUUGACUUGUUUGUAUGGUAUUAAAGUAUUGAGCAUGGGAAUGAUAGUUGGAGGCCAUAUGGCGGCAAUCAGGACGGCUAUGGGUUCAAAAAACCCAAUUUAUUUUUUUUCAGAGUGGCCCACAUAUUGGCAUAACAGCUUAUUUGUUGGUAGUUUUUUUGGUGUCGAGACAUUUUUCUGUAUCGGAGGCGUUCUUGUGAGUUACCUCCAAUUAAAAUACUCCGAAAAGUACCAAAUUAAUAUUUUCUGGUUUUAUUUACAUCGAAUUUUCCGACUCACUCCCGCCCUUUUUGUUGUCGUUUUGUUAUAUCUCAGUGUAUUAAAAUAUAUAUGUGAGGGGCCAUUUUGGCCCUUAAUGUUGAAUUAUUUCGUCGAUAAUUGUCACAAGACUUGGUGGAUGACUUUGCUUUUCGUGUCGAAUUAUUUAAACAUUGGAGCACAAUGUGUGACUCAUUCGUGGUAUUUGGCGGUGGAUACUCAACUAUAUUUAAUUGCUCCGUUUCUUAUAUUCAAUUUGAAAAAACACACGACUCGAGUUGUUGCAGGAAUGACAACUGCUUGCUUCAUUUGCAUUCUUUACAGUUUUAUUGUAACAAUGAAGAAUAAUUUUGGGGCCAUUUUAUUUUUUGAUUCCGAUUUGAGCUACUUGAAGUAUUACUACAUGACACCAAUGGCUCAUUUAGCGCCUUGGUCAUUUGGGAUACUACUAGGUUAUGUACUUUACCGACAAAAUUACCAAAAAAUCGUCAUUUCAAAACGACAAAAUCACAUCUUGAUGGCCCUUUCCCUUUCAACUAUGCUUGCCCUUCAUUUACUUUGCACUGUUUUAGUAAGACAAGGACGAGAUAGCUUUUACAGCGCCCUUUUUAACUGUUUUGCUAGACCUUUAUGGGCCCUUGCCCUUUGUGUUUUGAUUUUUAAUUGUUACACAGGAAACGGAGGAUUUAUUAAUACUUUUUUAUCUCAUCCUGUAUUUAUUGUCCUGGGAAAACUUACUUAUAGCAUGUAUCUGUUACACGUACCAGUAAUUUUUGUUAUUUUUUUUGGAAUCAAAGACGAGACAAGCACUAUAAGUACCACGAUUUUGUUUCUUGAUUACUGGGGGACAAUGCUCGUAACUGGGGCUUGUUCGGCGAUAUUAUGUCUUGUUUUUGAGACACCCGUCAUAAAUUUAUUUCAAAUUGUUGAAAGGAGUGAUUAUUCAAGAAAAAAAUCAAAUUAUUAAGUUAUUAUAAACCUUGUUUUUAUCACCGAGGUUAACUAUGGAAUAAUUUUGUGUUUAUAAUAUAUCUAUGUACAGUUGGAGACAAAAUACUUUGGUCGUCACUUUUUUGACACUUUAACGUCAAAAUGAAUGACAAUUUCAAAUUAUCCUAUCAAAAAAAAUAUU